CAUUUUUGUAGUUUGAUUUCUUUUUUCUCUUAAUUGUUUUUUUCAAUAUCUUCUCCGCAGUUACAUUUCCAGGUUGCUUAAACAAGUAGGAUUUUUUUGUAACUCAUCAAAAGAAUGCUGGGUUUAAAGAGAUCUCCAGUGAAGACUACCAAGCAAAACACUGUCGAUCCCGGGAGUGUUGCUCCUCGGACAAAUCCUUUUGAUUCUGAUGAUGAAUUGGACAACAACCAAACCCUUAAACCUACCAGAAGAACUUCUUCUGAACCCACCUUGGAUUCCCCCAGUUUCUGGACCAAUCCGUUCGAUGAUGACGACAAAGAGAAAGUGAACUCUUCCUCUUCUUUGUAUUGGCAAGCUUCCGCAUCACGGAACAAGUAUGAGAACGAUUUCCGUGAUGCCGGAGGACUAGAGAACCAAUCGGUGCAAGAAUUGGAGAACUAUGCUAUCUACAAGGCUAAGGAGACUACAAAGACUGUCAAUAACUGUGUGAAGAUUGCAGAAGAAAUGAGAGAAGGUGCCACCAAGAAUUUGAUCACCCUACAUCAACAGGGUGAACAAAUUACCCGGACACAUGAUGCGGCUGCUGGCAUUGAUCGUGAACUUAGUCAGGGUGAGAAGCUUCUGGGAAGCCUUGGAGGCAUGUUUUCUAGAACCUGGAAGCUAAAGAAGACUCGUCAAAUCGUUGGCCCCGUUAUAACAAGAGAUGAUUCGCCUAAAAGAAGGGGUGCCCACUUGGAACAGAGGGAGAAGCUUGGAUUGAAUCCUGCUCCUCGGGGACAUUCAAAAUCUCAAACACCUCCCCCGGAGCCUACAGAUGCAUUUCAAAAAGUCGAGUUAGAGAAAUCAAAGCAAGAUGAUGCCCUCUCCGACUUAAGUGGUCUACUUGGAGAGCUGAAGGAUAUGGCCGUUGAUAUGGGUUCUGAAAUCGAGAGGCAAAACAAAAGCCUGAACGGUCUCCAAGAUGAUGUGGAUGAGCUAAACUUCCGAGUCCGAGGUGCAAACCAGCGUGCUCGUCGAUUACUUGGGAAAUAGAUUUUCAUUCUUGAAAUUAUUGUUGCUCUUCAUCAA